AUGUCAGACACAGCGACACCGAGCACCAUCAUCAUUGGCGGAGGUCCGUCCGGCAUCGCCCUCGCAUACGAACUGAAGCACAAGCUGGGCUACACAGACUUCAUCAUAUACGAGCGAAAUGACGGAGUUGGGGGUACUUGGAAGACGAAUACAUAUCCGGGAUGUGGCUGUGACAUUCCCUCUCACCUCUACUCCUUCAGCUUCAACCCAAACCCAAACUGGUCGAUUGAACUGUGCGAACAACCUGAGAUCCUACAAUACAUGAACGAUACGGUCGACAAAUUCGAGCUCCGGCCCUUUUUCCACCUCGGGAUCGAAUGCCUAGGAGGCAAAUGGCACGAAGACCGGAACGAGUGGGAGGUGUUUCUGAAGGACCACAAGACCGACAUGACAUAUUCGCGAUUCGCCACGAUCCUCAUCUCCGCCGUCGGCGCGCUCUCGACGCCCAAGACGCCCAAUUUUCCCGGCAUGGACAAGUUCCGUGGGCCAAUGGUGCACACCGCGCAAUGGGACCACAGCCUCAACUGGGAGGGCAAGAAGGUGGCGGUGAUUGGCAACGGGUGCAGCUCAGCACAGGCCAUUCCGGUCAUGGCAGAGAAGGCGGCAAAGAUCACGCAGUACGCGCGAAGUCGGCAGUGGUAUCUUCCCAGGCCGAACCACGUCUUCACCGAAACGGAAAAGUGGUCGUUCCGCUGGAUCCCCCUUCUCCAGAAAUGGCUGCGCUUCCGCAUCUUCCUCGACGCCGACGCCGACACCAAGGAAUACUACUCGUCCACGACCGGGGUGAAGAGUCGAUCUCAGCUGGAGAGGAAGGCGGAGGCGUACAUGCUGUCCAAGACGCCGAAGAAGUACCACAGCUUCAUCAUCCCGGACUUCCCUCUCGGAUGCAAACGACGGAUCUUCGACCCGGGCUACCUCGACAGCCUCAACCGCAGGAACGUCGAGCUGAUCAACCAAGGCAUCAAGGAAUUCACCGAGACGGGGCUGAUCGACAUGGCGGGCAAAGCGGCGGAUUUCGACAUCAUCGUCCUCGCCACGGGGUACCAAGUCACGGAUUUUCUGCAGACGAUCAAGAUCGAAGGCGCCCACGGCGUCUCCCUCGCCCAGCAGUGGCGGGAAUGUCGCGGCGCGCAGGCGUACAUGGGGACGUACGUGCACAACUUUCCCAACUUCGGGAUCAUUUACGGCCCCAACACCUUCCCGGCCAACAAUUCGGCGCUCUUCUCGUGCCAGACCCAAGUCAACUACGCGGUGCGCAGCCUGAUCCGGCCGAUCGUCGACGGCCGCGCCUCGCGGAUCGAAGUCAAACAGAGCGCCGAGGACCGCGAGACCAACGUGAUCCACGCGAAGCUCAGGUCGAGCGUCUUCUUCUCGGGCUGCUCCAGCUGGUUCAUCAACGAGCACGGCCGCAACGUGACCUCGUGGCCGGGCAAGGCCGAGGAGUACUGGCGCCGCACCCUGGCCGUGGACUGGGGCGCGUUCAAGCUCCGCGGCGGCACGAGGUGGUGGGCCCUCAACGCCCUGCUGCGCGAGGUGUCGCCGCGCAUCCACGCCGAGCGGGACAUGGUGCUUCUGGCCGUGGUCGCGGCGUUUGUCAAGAGCAGGCAGUUGACGCAGAUCGUGCAGCCGCAUAUCAAGUGGGCGGGCGAGAUGGUGUUGCAGAAUGCUACGGAGCUGCUUCAUCGCUAA